AUGAACAAUUUGUUGUGGUAUAUAAUUCAAUAUUUCACCGUCUCGGUAUUCGCUGCAGGACUCUCAAAGCAAAAACCUGUAUUUGAAAGGCGAGUGUACGAUUCUCCUUUACCGGAUCCACCGUGCAAAGAACCUCCAUUCACUUUACAACUACCACCGGAUCUCUCCCGGGAAAUCCAUGCAAUCUGGGAACUUUACGAUGGUAGUGGUAAUUGCUCCGAAGAAAUAUCUAAGACGAGGAACGUCCUCGCACAGUUGAGUCCUGCAAAACGAGCACAAAUUAGAAGAAAAUGGAAGCAAUGUAAGCCUCCGGAAGUGAUUAACUCAUUUCCCGAAGGUCUUCGUGAGAGAAUCAUUAAAAUCUGGAACGAGCGCGAUCCUAACGGGAAUUGCUGGGAACAACAAAAGAAAACACGAUUAAUUCUUCUCAAUCUACCACCUUCACUACGAAGAGCUCUUCAUCCACCCGCUCUUGAAUGUUCGCUUCCACAUUUUAUCGAUCGACUCGAAUGGGAUCUUCAGGUGCAGCUACGAAGACUAUGGGCUGGAUACAAACGUGGAGAACCGUGUUCAAAAUACGUGGCUAAACAACUUCGUCUACUACAACAACACGAUAUCUCUUUGGAAUCGUUCGAUAUGCCACCGGCGAGGAUGUUCCGCCGAUACGAAUUAAUCCAGAAAUUAAAGCGAUCAAAUACAGCGACCGGGCUACCAGCCGGACAGCUUUGCGACAUGGUUGAACAACCGAGACGAGGUCUCGCCACCAUAGCUGCCCGACGACCAGGGCCACCGCUGCGCCGCUCCGGGGCUCUGAGGAAGGCCAAAAAGGCCGAAACGUUAACUGUUAGUUGA